UUGCCAUAAUGAAUCAUAGCACAGACGUAGACUUCGAUGUCGAUUUUUAAAGAAUUUUAAGAUUUAUACUACUUCUACUUGAAUCUGAGUUACUUAUUUUUUUAUCCAUCUGUUGUGUUUGACCAUGCACUGAAACCAAAUAUAAACUGCAAGUUUCUUGGCUGACAGACAGAUUUUAGUGGGGAGGAGCAUUGCCGUUCAGUCCAGAAAGGUUUGAAGGACAAACAGACAGAGGUGAAGAACGAGAGAAAACCUGGAGACAUACAGACAAACUUCAAAGAAUAUACAAAGGCCCAAAAAUAAGAUUGGAUAGAGGAAAAUGGCUCUGGUUUCCACAGCAACUUUGGCCCGCCGGGCUUUUGCUUCAGCUGCCGAGGGGGCCCAUGCUGGCCAUGGGGGUGGAGCGAAGACCUGGAAGAUUCUGUCCUUUGUGGUGGCGCUGCCUGGCGUGGCUGUCUGCAUGGUGAACGCCUGGAUGAAGAUGCAGCACGGCAGUCACGGUUCAGUCCACGAGUUCGUACCCUACCCACACCUCCGCAUCCGCACCAAGCCCUUCCCAUGGGGAGAUGGCAAUCACAGUCUUUUCCACAACCCCCACACCAACGCACUCCCCACUGGCUAUGAGAAGUCUCAUCACUGAGCUCAGUGUUGCCACUUGUCCGGGUUAUCAUUCACUCUGUACAGUAGCUACUGCAUAGUAGACUGUGAGCUGACUUUACCUACUGACUGCUUAAUGUUGGUUUGUAAAAUCUGAGAAAUAAAGUCAUGUUUUUACAGGAA